UUAGCGGUGUUCGUGUUUACAGGCUCAUCGUUCUUCUCUUCUAUCGAAUAACAUAAAUUUUUGUUCUGACGCCAUUGAAAGACCAUCAUUUUUAAGGCGACAAUUGGCGAAACCCUGAAUCCCAAAAUGAUUGACGACCAAGUUCCUGAAAAGAAGGAGAAUCUGCCUCCGGACGGGACACCGUCAGCGAGCCGGCGGAAAUCGGGUGAAGCGUCCAGGGAACAACGCACGCCCGCUGGUAAUGCACCCCUUGCCCCCGUCGAGCACCAAGGGAAUCUGCCCGAAGUCCGAGCUGUCCUGAGCGAGAUAAUCAACCGUGUGGAUUGCGAACCCAGUUCUGGAGCGGGAGCGGAGACUUCAGGCAACCACGAGGACGACAUGGCGAACAGAACGUUCAGUCCUAGAUCUCUGGCCGCCCAUUUGAAGGGCAUGGCCUGUUUGCCCGAGGAGGGCAGCGCGGACAGCACCUUCACCGUUGAAACGCCGCACACUAGCCUUGACGAUGAAGAGGCGGAACAAGGACAGGCAAUCACGCUGGACGCCCCUUCGAGCUCUUGCGAUACGCGGCCAGAGAAACAAUCGUCAAACACUUCUUUUCUUGGCGACGACACAAACAAGAGCGAACUGGAUUUGACUUACACCACGGCGAAGGGCUCUCCCUUGGGGGCCACUCAUUACUUCAACAUUAGCAGCAGCGACACUAGCAGUCCUGCGUCAGUCGAGCAACAUGAAGUGGAUGCCGCAGCAGCUCCUACCUUAAAUGAAAGCCAUCAUCAGCCGGACAGUCUUGAAGCUGUGCCAGAAAAUACUCUGGAGUUGCCAAGCGUGCUCUCGGAACACGGCAGCAGGGAUGUGACUUGCAUUGCGGUCGGGGACUCUCUGUUGCUUCCAGAAAGUGACAAUGCUUCAACGAAUGCAUCUGGAUUGCUAAGCCCUGGUGUAAUAAAUGAGCCUUUAGAACCAUUUGAGUUGUACGACCAAAACGUGAACUUCCUCGAGCCUUCAGACUCACGGAAGCUGCCUGACGUGCCAGUAUUACAGGACACCAACGUCCUCCUGCGCAUUGACAAUUCCUCUGCUCCAAGUGCUCUAGCUGGAAGUGAGGAACAUCAAAAAACUUCUGACAGUAAAGCCACUGGUGCCGAUUGUCGGGAUGAAGUGUUGACCUUCGGCAUCACUGACUCCAACGACAACGUGGUGACCACACCAGGGGAUGCAAGCACUGCUGGAACUGGCGUGAUACCAAAGUCCCUUGGCACAGCUGCUGUUGGAUCUGGUGACCAAGUUGGUGCCCACGUUCAGCACUCUUUAGACAAGGAUAAAACGGAGGGAACAUUACCCGUGGAUUCUGAGGCGGGCCCCGAGGUUGCUCAGUUUUCUGAAGAGGAGUUCAAGGCAGCUGCUGACUACUUCAAGGAAGAUUUGGAAUUCCUUCAAAAAGUGGGCAGCAGCCAGCGGCUGGGCAGAACCAGCCUAGGGCGCUGCUCGCUUUACCUUUUUGAUCCUCUUGCACGUAGGCGUAGCGAGGCAAAUGAAGAUCUGAAGGCUAAAUACAAAGGUUCACCUGCACCCUCGGCUGCCAACAAGAGUGACCUGUUGAUCAACCUGAAUACAUCUUGCGACAGUGACCUACUGAACUUUUCUUCGACGCCUGGAAAGGGCUGUCAGACUCCAGGAGUUUCAGAACCUAUUCAAGAGGAGCAAAUGUUUUCAGAGAAGGAAAUGUCACAGGCGCUCAAGUACCAGGAGUUGAUGUUUCAAGAGCGCCUGCUUAAAAAGGACCAAGAUUGUGUUCGACAGCUGGAGUCUGUUCGACAAGAAGUGGAGAGCUACCGCAGCAAGCUCGAAGAAAGCCAGAAGUUUUGCAAGAUGCAAGAAAAAGCUCUGCAGAACCUUCAAAGGGACAAUGAAAACGUGUUGGAAGCCCUGCAAUCCUUCACCAAGGAUAUCCAGAAAGAACGUGCUGAGCAAGAAGACAGCAUGCAAAAGGUUGUGAAAGAUCGUGACCAGCUUGCAGAAGAUCUUCACAAUAUGGAAAUGACUUUUGCUGACUUCCACCGUCGUUAUGAGAAAGCCAAGCAAGUCAUCUCUGUUAUGAAGGAGAAUGAAGCUGUCCUGAAACAGCAGUUAACGGAGGCUAAUGAAGCCCUGGAGAAGAACUGCCACAUGGUUCACAUCAUAAAGACCAAAACGGAGGAAAGCAUUGAAGGUGCCAACAAAGAAGUGGAAAACACGAAACGAAACUUUGAAGCAGACAUCACUGUUCUGAAAGGUCAACUCAAGAAGGCUACUAUGACCAUCAACAGUCUUGAAAAACGACUAGAACAGAAGAAUGAAGAGAAUACAGAACUGACAAAACUGUACGACGAUCUCCUUAACCAAGUCAAAGCCAAAUAGACCGGAAGAGGCAUGCUCAGCUCUGGCCACAGCUGCACUAUAAUUACUUCGACAGUGGUUUGUCAUGUCAUGUUUGAGAUGCACUAAUUUAUGGUUUCACUUGUUUGUUGGCACUGCCUAAAUGUCUUAGCUGAUUAAGGAAUGUCUGUGUUUUAUGCACCUCUUUGUUUGAAGCGCUUUGAUGCUUUCAUAAGCUGUCCACUUCUCACUCCUGUUUGGUGUGAAUAGUUUUAGAUUUUGCAUCUUCGGGUUAAAGGGAUGCAGACUGCUGGGUGUACAAAAGAACACAAACAUAUGUAAAGGUCCUUUGUUUUGCCCAGUCACAAAAUAUAAAACUCCCUAUUGACAACCAGAGCUCAUUUGGGCAUUGCUAGAGAACAUUCAUUAUUGCUCUUUUGGGUACUUACGUAAACAAAGUGCAAGCUUUUGAUCUUUUUGUACUGCAUUACUAAUUUGUUAACGCAUUUGAACUUCAGUUGGACUAUAUUUUGGUUGCUUCUUUUUAGUGGACACAGUAGCACUAUAUUCUUGCCAACAAUUGGGCUGUUCUAUUGUGCAUGCACGAAAGUGACACCAAAUACUUGCUUGUAGGGUUAUCAGCCAGCAAACACCAUGCUUCAAACAAUUCUCUGAAUAAAUGUUAAAUCCAUGCUAAGGAAUAAGUCUGUGUUAUAAAGAUUAUCAUGUUACAAGGUGUGCAUCUGCGAUGGUGAACCUGCUGAUGUGAAAGGGAUGGGGAAGGGGUGCCUCUAGUGAUAAUUAUUUCUCUACUUUAGUUCAAUGGGCCUGUCAUACAUUACCUUGGAUCUUUGCAGCUUUUGUAAAAUUGAGCUGCCUUGCGAUGGAUCUGGCUCCUUGAUGAAUUGGAUUAAUGCCUCUGGUGGAACAAAGUAUUGGGUAGCUAUCCACUGUAACGAGCAUUUGCAUGGCCCAAUCACAUGUGCAGUUCACCCGUGACGCAGUCAGCACUAGGAGUCAUAACUAUAUAAACUCUUAUGCCAUUGCAUUAAGCAUUCUAUGUUUACAUUAUUGCUUCUAGAUUUUAUGUAAAUGAGUCAAAAGUCACUCCUUACAGUGUAUUAGUGCAAAUGCCAAUUUUAUCUGCUUUUACUGCUAUUGACAUAUCUUGUUGUGCCUGUUCCCAUAAUAGAAUGCACAUACAGCUGAAUAUGUAAGAAAUGGAACAGGGCAUGCUGCUGCUUUCACCUCACAGCCUAAAAAUACAUGGAGAAAGCUUUUGCACUGUCUACCCCAUUGGCCCUUGGCUGCUGUUGUCUUUCAUUGCUAUUUUUUUGGGUGUUUAUGUGCAAGAACAUCAUUUGGCAACCUCAGUUUUUCGAUGUUUGAUGUCUCCUUUAUGUGUAAAUUGCAAAAAUGUCAUAUUUCAUCUGUCAAGGUUUUCUUGUCACUUUUUAAAGGGUGCAUGCAGACUUCAGCUCUGUGCAAUAUACAGUACUCGCGGAUUGAAACAGGACAAUUUAGGGCUAAGUAAAGCACAAACUUUCAUUUCCAGUCUUCAGUUCGGAUUGUAUCAGUGUAAUUUCAACUCGAACACUUAGAUCAGAGCCGACAGUAUCUUUAGAGACCAAAUUCGUCGGGACAUAAGGCGAUUAUCUCGAGCAAUUGGACAUACCAGUAGUUAUACAAAAGAAAAAAUUCGGUGUUGCGUUUGAAUCCGCGAGUACUGUACUUCUGUGCAUACCCAGCUUGGUCCUGAACGCAUUGAAGAUGCUUCAACACACAUUAUCCAAAAUGUUAGUUUAGGCACAGAUGUAUAAAAUUAAAGCAUGCCUGUUCGAUGUCUCAUUUACAGCGUAGAUCCAGAAUACUGCAAUAUUACUUUGCUGUACACUUUGGGCGUGGUUUCAUUUAGCUUGCAACUCUAAGCCAUAGCUUUCUCUUAACAUGUGCAACAUGUCUGUACGUGUUUCACCCCAAUGUCAACAAUCGUGGACAAGCUCAGUGUUGCAUUUUGUAGAGAUGUCAUGUGUUAAUGACACGUAGGAUGCAGCAGAAUGCCAAUGCCUUCUUAGUUUUGGUUUUAAAAGUUCAAAAUUGAAGGCACCGCCAUCACAUUUCUUCUCUGCAGAAAUUUCAUGCAGCAUGCCCAUAAUUGGCUAUGGGUCACUUGAGUGGUUCUUAGCCUUGUCUAACUUCAGCACAAAUUGUUAUUCAAAAAUAUUCUCAUUAUAGAGUCUGUAAAAUGUGCUAAACCAGACCAUAUGUCUGGCCAGAACUUAACGGUUCAGUGGAAACUCGAUUACCAGUAGGAAAAUGUUCCAUUUGAAAGCCAAAUGCGAUCCUCAUGUGUAUAGGCCACAGUACAGUGGUGGUCUUCAUUGCAUUGCCAUCAUGUCCAAAGUUUAUCCUGGCUCUAUGGUAGAUUUUUGUAGUUUCAUCACAAUUGACUGUGCCACAUCAGCAUUUAUUUUGGGCCUUGUUCCAGGCAUUGGAAACUAGGUUUGAUAAAUUGCACCAUACAAAGAUGGGAAGUGCAGCCAAGGACUGCAGAGGGUUAGGUGGGGUAAUGAAAAUUAAAUUUGCUGGAAUGAAAGGGAAUUGCAUCACAAACUUGAUGUUUAGUCAUUGACUUCCUUAACCCGGUUAGUAUAAAAAGCCAUGGCACACUCAUUACUUUGGUGUAUGGUACUGGUUGGAUCAUGUAUAGACAGGUUACAAAUUUUUGCAUGAAGCAGUCUUGCUGUAAAUCACCUCUUUUUUUUUCUUCUGUUCAGCCUUAGCUUGAGCCUCGUGUACAUAUGUGUGCCCACUACUUGUGUUUAGCGUCGUGCAGUGAAAUACAUCGGGAGCUAUUGUCUUUAUGGAUGUCAAGUGCAGUUAAUGAACAAGAUGUACCUCAGUUUCAGAUUUAUCUUGUAUUGAUGGUAGUUGCAGCCAUCUUCCAUCCAUCCAAUUUCAUUGUGAUUUAUGCUCUCAAGAGCCCUGUAAUGUGCUUGGCUUGACUGUGGUAUGGUCUGAAAUUAUUUCUUUCAUGUCCUCCUCUGUUGUGUUUACCUUCAGUCAGGUAUUUAAUAGCCUUUUAAAUUGUUUAGCACUGUUUCUCUUGUUGUAUUGACUUCUAGCAGGUGUGUUCAUAUCCACUUUUCUUAGCCGAACAUCUUUGUAGCAUGUAAAUGCACAUUGAACAUGUAAAGUGCAUGAUGGUGAAGCCAUCUGCAUUUUACUUUAAUGUUUGUAUGGUAAGAGUGCUGAUGUGAACUAGCGCUGUCUUAUUGUAUCAUUUUUUUUUUUCGUAGCACUGCAUAGUGGUUACCAGAAUGCUCAAAUGUGGGACAUCGACCAGGCGCUGUACUGUGGGCUAGCUUGUGGACUGUAGUGCCGAGAUGCCAAGAUGCUUUAGUGAACUUGUGCAAAUCUUUGUCCUUGUAGCCAUGCAAGAAUUUAAUUUGUUCUUUUGGACAUGCAGAACUUCUUCCAUGAGGAUGAGAGUACCUUGCAGCAUUUCUGUGGCUUGUGCUGGGAAUUGAAAUGCUCGUCUUUCGAUGCCACUGUUGUAAAUAGUUUUUGCUAUCGCUGCUGUAAAUGCAUGCCGAAAUAUAACUUGUGCACACUUGUAAUGCUCCAAAGGGUGCAAGAGCCAUCCCAUGUAAGGUUGCUGCAACAUGUAGAAGUGAUUAAAUGAUGCAGCUUUUAUGA